AUGUUUUUUCAACAGCUUGGUAGAAGCAUUGGAACCGGUUUCCAAGGUCGGGACUUCCGCUUUGCUAUGAGCGCAUUCUUCCGGCAUUCUGAUGUAUUGGAUGUUAAUGCGAUCUAUUCGAAUGAUCUGAAUCUGAUUCUGCAUCAGUACGGAGUCGAAGCAUGUUCGAGAGCCAUCGUUCAGGCUGGAGCCGUGGAUGUGUUAUCCAUCCAGGCUCAUGGAUGUGAUUAUUUCAUCGCUGUUGCGGUAGCAUAG